AUGGGUUUAAGAAGGAAACUAUCAGAUAUUGAAACAAUAGAUAGUGCGAAGAGACCAAAGAUUUCCACGAAGUCAAUUGCAAGCUACCUGAGUUCAAUAGAUGUCAAAAGAUUGGAUUUCGACAAAGAAAAGAUUUGCUCAGUAACUCUUUCUCCCUUGAACGUAUACUGCUGUCUGGUAUGUGGUAAAUACCUGCAAGGUCGAGGCGAAAGUAGUGUUGCCUUUCUUCAUUCUAUUCAAGAGGACCACCAUGUCUUUGCAAAUCUACAAAACACACGAAUUUACCUUUUGCCUGAAAACGAUGAACUAGCUAAUGCGCCAAUCUUGCAACGCAUACGAUUCGCGAUAUCCCCAUUGUACAGUAAAGAAGACUUAGACAGCUAUCCUAAAAAUUGCUUCGAUGUUCUGAAUAAUUCAUAUUUGAAUGGCUUUGUGGGGUUAAUUGAGCCAAAAAACACCUCCUCUUUCACCACUAUAUUGCAACUCCUCGGCCACAUUUCACCAUUGAGAGACUAUGUAGCCCUAGAAGCUAGUGAUAAAAUUUCCGACGAAAUCGUGAAACGUUUUUCGAUAGUAGUCAAAAAACUAUGGUCGCCGCACUUGUUCCGUGCACACGUUUCGCCUCAUGAGUUUUUAAACCAAGUUUUCAGUGCCUACAAGUCACCGAAUCCGGACCCCAAAGCUUUUCUAUUUUGGAUGCUCAAUCAUCUAAAUUCUUCCGAUCCAGUACUGAGAAAGGUUCUCACGAAAAAUCUGCGAGGUGAGCUCAUUAGGAAGACAACAAUUAUACGAGAGGAAAGCGUGGAGAACACAGGGCGAAACUUGAAAUUUGUGCGAGAUGAAGCUAGCACAUCAGUUCAAAAAAUAAAAUUUUUGUGCCUUACUUUGAAUCUGCCGCCGAUGCCAUUAUUUGCGGACGGAUUCGACACUAAUAGCAUACCGCAGGUCAAUAUCGAGAGCUUACUGGAAAGAUUCAUGGGAGCAGAAGAAAUUCACACCAAAGAGGGGAUACAAUCGUAUUCUUUUGUCAAAAUACCUCGAUUUCUUCUUUUGCAUGUUGACAGGUUCAAGCGGCAUGACGAUUUACCGGUUAAAAACAGAAACCAAACUCUUGUCAAAUUUCCGAACACACUUGAGCUUAAAGGAACCCAGUUUAAGUUGAUUGCCAAUGUGCUACACAAUGCUGUCAGAGGAAAGUACGUCGAAAACGAAGAGGUCGAUGAUGAGAGCGAGUGGGGAACUCAAAUCUUGGAUUCGAAUAGCCAGGAAUGGUACGAAAUACGAGGAAAAACAGUCAUUCCUAGACAAAAAGAAUUGCUCUUCUUGGGUGAAAGCUAUUUGCAAGUUUGGGAAGCGCUUGAAUGA